ACUUAAUGUGUUUUUUUUUGUAUCAAUAACAUACAAUGCAAUACCUACAGCCGCACCUAGUUUUAGCAAGAUCUAUUUAUGUGUUCCUUUAGAAUGACUGCAUAAUUAUACAGUACAUAAAUAUAAUUUAACACUGUUGGCCGUUUUGACAUCACUCUGAUUCAUAUCCGGAGAAGGUGAAUAAAACUGAGGCGAUAAAUAAUCCAAGCACUCAAACAUAUCACAUUUUGAUUUUCAAAGCCAAGUAGAAAUAAUUAAAGUUAAACAAAUAAAGCUACAGAAGAAAAAUGUCCAAAGCUAUCGCCGGUAUUAUUGGGGACGAAUGGAAAAUAAGCGUAGAAGAAAUCUGUCGACGCUAUGGUACAAAUGUGACCUCGGGGCUCAGUUCUGCUCAAGCCAAAUUGAACAAGAAGCAGUACAGCAAAAAAGACAAGGAUGACAAAACAAAAAAGUCAAAAGAAGACAAGAAAAAGGACAAAAAGUCCAAAGACGGUAAAACCAAGGAUGAUAAGAAAAAUUAUGGCGACGUUUCUGUAAAUCGAGACGGGAAGAUUACCACCCUUUCCAGUAAGAAAUUGGUCGUGGGCGACAUUGUCGAAUUGACGCCGGGGAUGCAAGUUCCAGCGGAUUUACGAAUUUUGGUGUCCAACGGGAUUCAGGCGGAUACGAGUGUGGUGACUGGUGCUGGUACUGGAGGUGGUGCUGUCAAGCAAUUGUUGCCUGAUUGCACAAAUGAAAAUCCUCUGGAAACUAGUAACUUAGCUCUGGCAGGGUACAAAAUUUUGAAUGGAACUGGAAAAGCUAUUGUUAUAUCGGUGAUCGGGGAUAAGAUUGCUUCCAAGUAUCCAAAACUUGCUCCAUUUAUUCCGCAAGCAUUAUCAUUUAUUAAUCCGCAAAAUCCGAAUCCCGUCAACCAACAGUUUCCAAAUCAGAAUCCAGGGGUUUCAAAUACUAGUGGAUACAACCCAACUAAUCCAAACCCAACUGGCUACAAUCCUAAUUUGCCAAAUCCAGCCAUUCCAAAUCAUAUGGGAUACAACCCGAAUCAAAAUCCAAUGAUUCAUAAUCCCAAUGCACCAAAUCCAUAUGGUCAAAAUCCAAGUAUUCCGAAUCCGUUCCCUCAUAAUCCAAACAUGCAAAACCCUGGUUUCCCACCGAAUCCGAAUAUGCAAAACCCAGGUUUCCCACCGAAUCCGAAUAUGCAAAACCCAGGUUUCCCACCGAACCCGAAUAUGCAAAACCCAGGUUUCCCACCGAACCCGAAUAUGCAAAAUCCUGGUUUCCCACCGAACCCGAAUAUGCAAAAUCCUGGUUAUCCACCGAAUCCAAAUAUGCAAAAUCCAGGGUUUCCACCGAAUCCAAACUCCACAAUGGGAUGGCCUCAACAACGAUAAAUGACAACUUGAGCGGAUUCGACUUCGUCACUUACGUUGCAAACUAUCCAUAAUAUGAAUUACAUAAAUACUUAUUUAUACAACGGCUAGUUGUAUGACGUCAACUACUACUAUAAACAAGUUCAUAUGGUCAAAAAUAAAAUGCUUGUCUGGACAAGAAUUAAUCUAAAUA